AAGGAAAAGGGGAAGGUAGGGGUGGCUUGAAACACAAGCAAGAAGCAUCAUCAAGCCCAAAUAAUUGAAAUUAAUUUUUUAUUUCCAUUUCUAUUUGUAUAUUAAUAUCUGGUUCGUUAAAAAAGGAGGGGAAGUUUUUUAAGACCAAAAGGACAAUUGAUUUCCAUUUUCCCGACCCUCUGUUUUGGCAGCAAACAGAUCUCUCUCUCUCUCUCUCUCUGUGUUAGGAAAAAACCAACCAAAAAGAAAUUAGAGGAAAAGGAAAUGGCUUAUAGGAGAAGGCAGGGGAUAAGCAGAGCCUCGACGUUCAAGGAAGAAAUUCACCACCCACCUGAUGACAAUGACAGCAAAACGUUUACGUCCUCGUAUUCUUUCUCUUCAUCAACAUCGCCGGCCAAUUCUCUAGCCGCUCAGGCCAUCCGUGCUUCGGCUGCUGCUCGCAAAACCGACUCCCCUGCUUUUGCUGCUCACUCUGAUUUCGGCCCGUCAAGAUCUAAGGGAUUCAAUGCCUAUGAAGAUGCAAGAAAUGAUUCGAAAGGGUUCUGGGGUGUUCUUGCUCGAAAAGCCAAAGCCAUUCUCGACGAUGAUAAUAUGUCUCAGCAAUUUGAAACGCCCGGCAGAGUGGGAUCAUCGUAUAUGUUCGAUGCCUCAACGGCUUCCCAGCAAAAGCAACAGCCAGGUGAUCAGGGGUUUAGAAGAAUGGACAAUCCUACAAUACGAAGGGGCUUGCAUAAGCUCACCUCUUCCCUUAAUCAAAUUGGUGACACAUUUGAAAGGGCUUUCGAGGAAGGUCGAACAAUUGUCGAAAGUAAAACCCAAGAUAUCAUCCAAGAAACGCGCAAACUUCAAAUCAGGCGGAAAGGGAGUGGCCCCGAGGAACAAAACCUCGUCACUGGUUUCAAUAGCACAUCGCAGCAACCUCUGGUGCAACCAACACAGCUCCAGAAUCAAACCAACCAUGAAACCCAACUCAAGGCAUCUCGCGACGUUGCAAUGGCCACAGCUGCUAAAGCAAAACUUCUUCUUCGGGAGCUGAAAACUGUUAAAGCAGAUUUGGCUUUUGCAAAGGAACGAUGUGCCCAACUAGAAGAGGAGAACAAACUCCUUCGGGAGAGUCGAGAGAAAGGGGGCAAUCCUGCAGAUGAUGAUUUGAUUCGGCUUCAACUGGAGACUCUAUUGGCAGAGAAGGCACGUUUGGCGCAUGAGAAUUCAGUAUACGCUCGUGAGAACCGGUUUCUAAGGGAAAUUGUGGAGUAUCACCAGCUGACCAUGCAGGACGUGGUGUACUUAGAUGAGGGGGCUGAAGAAGUUACAGAAGUUUAUCCCAUCAACUUCCCAUUCUCAAAAAUGCUUUCAGAGGAUUCCCCAACCUCACCUGAGUCUCCACCAUCACCGUCCGAGGUCACCCCCUCUACUACAAGCCCGCCGAUGACAGAGGAAAUAUUACCUCUCCCUGAAAGUGAUGUUUCACCUACUAGUUCAUUACCUGAUGGAGAGGAUGCAAGAAGACCUCCACCGUCUUCUGUCUAAAUUUAGUUUUACCAAUAUACUUAUUUUGUAUGUUAAAGACUUUCUGUAACAUGGAUUGAUACUCUUUUUCCUUUUUCAUUUUUUUUUUGGGUAUUUUCUGGGAAGGGUUCCUUUUAUUUAUUUAUUUAUUUAUUUAUUUAUUUGUUUGUUUGUUUUUUAAUCUUUGAAGGAGGAAGGAGGAGGCAGAUUUUUUUUGUUCUUUUUUUGGGGAUUGAUAAAUUUUGAUGCGUGUGUAAUUGUGCAUACCCCUUUUUUGGUCCAUGAUUAAAUAAGAAUGAUAAAAAUUCUUUUCA